UGACAGCUCCAUGGGUUGGGCAGAUAAAGCUAUAUGGGAACACGUGACAGGGCUUGUAGGAGCGACGCUUCAUAAAGUGUGAAGACACAGAGAAAGAGGCUGGAGAGGCGCUGGAGCAGCAGCAGCAGCAACAACCUGGACCCACAGAGCAGGAGCGCACUCCAACUCCAACUCACUUCUACGGACAACCAACAAAACUUAUGUUACAUGCAGACUUUGCAAAAGAAACUGAAUAAUCAUGAUGAUAAUGGUGGUUUCAUUCUAACACAUGCAUGCAGGCUGGUUGUCUCUUAUUCUUUUAUAUAAGAGCCAUCGGAUGAUGCGCUUCUGACUUGGAUUAUUCUGCGCACUUGUGGAGAAUUAUGUAAGGUUGUACAGGCGUCUCGUACUGCAGUAUUACCCUCAGACACAGCCAUGAAGUCUGUGCUGGACGGCGUGGCGGACACCACCUUCCGGACUAUUACAUCUGGUUUACAGUAUCUGGGCUCCAACGACGCCAACUACGAGGACCAACUCAGCGAUGUAAACUCCAAGGCGGGUUUCUCCCUGCAGAAGCCCUUUUCUGCUUUCCGCAGCAACUCCUUCCCCAACAAAGUGCCUGCGGACGAGGAGCUCAUCCUCAAGGGCAUCCCCUUUUUUCCCACCAAUUCCACUGACUUGUUUGGCAACAGGAGCACUUUCAGAGAUGAGACUAACACCAUACAAUGUGGGGAGAACUUCAUGGACAUGGAGUGUUUCAUGAUCCUGACCCCGAGCCAGCAGCUGGCUGUGGCGGUGAUGUCUCUGACUCUGGGCACCUUCACGGUGCUGGAGAACCUGGUGGUGCUCUGCGUCAUCUUCCAGUCCCGCACCCUCCGCUGCCGGCCCUCCUACCACUUCAUUGGCAGCCUGGCGGUGGCUGACCUGCUGGGGAGUGUCAUAUUUGUCUACAGCUUUCUGGACUUCCAUGUCUUCCACAGGAAGGACAGCCCCAAUGUUUUCCUCUUCAAGCUGGGCGGAGUCACGGCGUCAUUCACUGCGUCCGUUGGGAGCCUUUUCCUCACCGCUAUCGAUCGAUACAUCUCGAUACACCGGCCUCUUGCCUACAGACGCAUCGUGACACGGACCAAGGCGGUCAUUGCCUUUUGCGUGAUGUGGACCAUCUCCAUCGUCAUCGCAGUGCUACCUCUGCUGGGCUGGAACUGUAAACGCCUCAACUCUAUUUGCUCAGACAUAUUCCCUCUGAUAGACGAGAACUACCUGUUGUUCUGGAUCGGUGUGACCAGCGUGCUGGUCCUUUUCAUCAUCUACGCCUACAUAUACAUCCUGUGGAAGGCACACCACCACGCUGUGCGCAUGCUGAGCCGCACCUCCCAGAAGAGCCUCGUUGUUUACUCGGCUGAUGGGACUAAAGUGCAGACCACGCGUCCAGAGCAGACGCGCAUGGACAUCCGUCUGGCCAAGACCCUGGUGCUCAUCCUGGCUGUGCUGGUCAUCUGCUGGGGCCCAGUGCUCGCCAUCAUGGUCUACGACCUCUUCUGGAGGAUGGACGACGACAUCAAGACGGUGUUUGCGUUCUGCACCAUGCUCUGCCUGCUCAACUCCACCGUCAACCCCAUCAUCUACGCCUUGAGGAGCAAGGACAUGCGGCACGCCUUCCUCAUGUCCUGUCACGCCUGCAGGGGCAGCUCCCAGCAGCUGGACAAUAGCCUCGAGUCGGACUGCCAGAACAGAAACAUCUCUGCCAACCGGGCUGCAGAGAGCUGCGUGAAGACCACUGUGAAAAUAGCCAAAGUAACAAUGUCUGUGUCGACUGAAACUUCUGCAGAGGCUGUCUAAUUGGCCGUCACAGGGGGGAAACUGUGUAAAUGUCAUCCUCCCCAAACAAUGCCAUUCAACACAAUAAAGCAGAAGUUAGAUAUAAAAAACAAAAAAUCCUGAAAGUAUCGACUCACAUCCUCACGUAGACGCUUCAGUGGUUGCAUUAUUUUACGUUGGUCUGUGAGUACACGGUGUGCCAAAGUGCCAAACGGUGUCGCAAGUUCAUAGGAAGGACUCUUAAUUUGAAAGGAUUAUCAAAGACUAUCAUGAGUCUGCUGUUUACCAUAUAGACUUCAUGAUAUCCAAGUUAGUGAAGGCAUAUUAUAUUUUUGUACUGUGAAUUCAGGUUUUGAAAACAAUAUAUCUUCAUUUAUGGGAUAAGGGGCUACUGACAUUUUUAAUUCGACAUGUUUUACUGUGUCAUCUAGACUUUAAAAAUGUGUCUUGCACCAUAAAUAUAACGAAUCUUCGCGUCUUGACUUUCUACAGGCUUCAUGUACAUGUUGCAUAAAGACAUUUCUAUGAGGGAAUGAUAAAAAAAAAGGAUUGUUCAUUUCCAAAAUUGACAUUUAACAUGUCACUUUUCUUCUGACAACACUCACAGUGAGUGGCAAAAGAGAUUUUGAGGGAAUGAUUCAUGCUCAAGAUUAAAAAAAAAUAAGCUCUAAUGAGAUGGAGGAUAAAUGGAUUCACAGCUUUUGUCAGAUCUGGAAUGGCAUUUUCUGUGGCAGAGUGACGAUCGUCCCUGUUGUCCAUUUCUUUACCCGCUAAGCUGUUAGAGUAACGUGUCUUUGUUCAAAUGUAAACCUAACAACUGUACAGUGUUUUCUUGCAAAAAUAAAGUCGACUCAUUCAUUCAAGCUUUUGGCCAAAGCUUGAACACAUCAAAACUGAAUUUGGACGCAGUGUGCUGGUCACUACUGCAACAACGUUGAAGUGGUUUCUUGCUGCUUUCAUCAAAUGUAUGAUUUUUACCGGCCUUGUAUGUGUGUGAUACCUUGUGACUUGAUGAUAUAUUUCCAACCCCCGAGCCUUUUUGAUCAUUGCAGUGAGUUGUUUUAGUGCUACUGUUGCAGCGGGGCAUCAUUUGGGAAAAUAAAAGCAACCCAUGCACAGGCCUAUAGUGAAGUACUUUUGGCGUAACUCUAAAUAAAAAAAAAAUGUCUGUUAAUUUUACUUAUCUAAACAAAGAAACAGGGGUCUUUUCAUUAUAGCUGGUGGAUGGAAGUGUACGUGUGGAGACUCGAUGACCGACCUGACAAAAGAAAUCUGAGAAGAUGUGAUUUUUCUAAUGUAGUACUUUUAAUCUAGAAAUCUCACAGCACAAUACUGUUCUGUAGACAUUUAUCUUGGUGUGAAGUUAUCCAGACGAGCUGUUUAUCAGUAUGCUUUGCUGCCUCUUGUAUUAUUGAGUAUUGAAGAUCAAAAUGUCAAACUGUCAAGUGGCUUCUGUACAGUGGUGGCAUAAUGAGGACUAUAAAAAAAACAACAAUCAGUCAAGUGUUUUUAGUAUUGCUGUUUUCAAAACUUUUGAAUAAAGUUGCAGCUGGUUGUCA